AUGAGGAACACGAAGAAACACAGCCACCUCCCGAGCGCCAACACCUUCGUUGCCUCCAGAAGUGACUCUACUCGUAUCCCAAAAAAAGAUGACUUUGACAUUCGGCGCGGCGUCGUGUCCUGGUUCAGCGAACAGAUCAAGCGCACACAGCCGUGGAAGCAUUUCGCGGACACCGCGAAAUUUUCGAUUCCAAAGUCGGCCCAAGAGGUCGCCAACCGGAUCCUAUCGAACGUGGAUGGUUUUCGCAGCAACUACGGCGUUACCUUCGUCGCCAUCCUGGCGAGCUACGUCAUGUCCAACGUGGUAAGCGUCACAGUGGUGGCUGCAGUGUGCGCCGCGCUCAAGCUGCAUCAGGACGUCGAGUCUGGGGCCGUGUGGGGGACGAAGCUGGUGCUCAGCAAGAACCACAGGCUGAUCGCGGCCACACUGGUGGUGGUGCCUCUUCUAUACGUUGCAGAGAUCUGGUCCGCCGUCCUGUGGUCGAUCGGUUCCUCUUUGGCGAUCGUCACUGUCCGUGCCACUCUGUACACUGGGCAUGGCUCCACAAACAAGUUUGCCAGGAAGCUACCCGAUACUUCCGAAGAAGGUGAUAUCGUGGGCCACCUUUGA